UAGCGAUUUGUGCGCAUGUACGGUUGGCUGGCGCUCUUGAGUUUAGCCUCUCGGCUGGUUUGGACAUGGGUUCACUUGUGGGACACAAAGAACGCCCAUUCCUCUCCCAUUCCGCUUAUUCACAUGGAAAUAUCUCAGGGUAACGGGGCACGGAGGGCCGCUAGAUCUGCGGAUAAACAGUUCUGCUUUCCUCGGUGAAACAGUUCAGACAGGGAAACAGACUCGUGCUAAAAAUGUUCGGCAGAAAGCACGAGUCCACGAACAAGGUGUCGAGGUUCUUACCUGACUGGGUGAAGUGUGGACAAGAAAAGGACAAGCAGUUGAGAGGCUUACGGGAGGGCCGUCUGGAGGGCAUUCCUGAGGAACCUGGGAAGAAGACUAAAGGGCGUCCUCCAAUCAUGACUGAGACUUACGACUCGUUCCCAACCUUCGACGUGCGGAAAACCUCGCCGCCGAAACCAGGCGGGCGGAGACGGGAGUCCAUCAGCCACACGUUACAGCUCGCGCUGUCGCAGACUCGACCUGAGCUGCCCGUUCUCAGUCACCCCGUGGCGCUGUCCGAUCUCACGGCGCCUGACCAGCAGGGGUGGCUGUACUCAGAGACGGACGGCAACAGGUACUGGUGCGUGGUAGCGGACAUGUUGUUCUGCAUGUUCGAGCAGGAAACUUCAGAACAAGCCGCCAAGGUUCUCGUCUUACCCGGCUACGACGUCAGAGCUCUCACGUUCCAGUCGGAAAAGGUCCGUGCGGAGGCGAGCGAUCCGGACUGCUGCGCCGAGCGCGACGAAAAACGACAAGACACUCUCAAGAGAGCGCGUAGCCUGACCACCUCGGGGAUGGGAAAGUACCAGUUCAAACUCUCGUACGAAAACUUCGAAGACGCGGAGUUAGUGUUCAGCGCCGAGGACGAAGCUGAGGUACAGUCUUGGGUGGAAACGCUAACGGCGUCCUCCGAACUAGACCCCGACUUCUUCACGGAUUCGGGCACUGAGCAAGAUGGCGAGAGCUCGGAGGAGAACGCAGUCUCGAGGCUAAGCGCGUACAAACCGUCUCCAAAGCAGGCUAGAAAGAGAAUGGAGCUCGUCAACCAGUCAACAUGCAGUAGCAGCGAUUCGGAAGACGACCAGAGACGUGUUCAAAUCGCACCCAUAUCCUCUUUACAGACUCCGACCAAAGAUAAGGGAGCGCUGAGUCGGGAAAGCAGUCCUAGGACAUCGCCGCAACUAUCUCGCAAGGCGGCGCUGCACUCCCCAAAACCUAAGGUAGUCUCCAAACUCUUCAGCGGCAACAAGUCACCAAUGCAACAGAGGAAAAAGAAGUUAGGGGCUAACAUCGUACACAAAGUGUCUACGUUAAAAGACAAAGUAGCCGGACAGCUUGUUCGAUCGAAGUACAUGAGAAGCGAUUCCAACACGAAAUGGGAAGAUGCAGUGAUCUCUGGGCAGCUUCACAGGAAGGGCAAACUGUCAUGGUCCAAGUGUUACUGCGUUGUGAGCGGCAGCAAGGUCUACUGCUACAAGUCACAGAAGAUGGAAGGUGAACCUGACGCCGUAGUCUCGCUCGCAGGCACCACGGUGGAGAGCUACGAGACAGAGAAAAGACCCCAUUCUUUUAAAAUCACCGAGGCCAAUGGCAAGACUAUGGUGUUGUCAGCGAUGGACGCAGUCGAACUGAAUCGGUGGAUGACAGUACUCAAGGCCACAGCACACACAGACGAAGAGGACGGCAAAAUCUCCAAAGGCAGUUUUUCAAGCAGCUCGGGCUCCGAACCCCAAACCCCGAGCAUCAUCAUAUCGCAAGAAGACGACGGUUCUUACGAAGAGGAUUCCGAUAGGGAUUUUGAGAACAACCAAAGCAUCUCUAGAUACAGGUAUUCCAAAAAGAGCUUCCAGGAUAGCUAUGGAAUUUUCGAGAAGCACCUACCAGGACCAAACAACGAAGGGUUGCUACUCGUGGACGACAGUGAUGAAAAGUCCAGUGCAACGGGUGACGACUGGACGGGCAUGUUUGCCGGGGAGUCGGGAGACGAGUCCGACACGUCAGACGAGGAAGACUCUGCGUUCCUAGUUCCGCCUAUAAGAAACAAGAGUACCUGGGCGUCGGUUGGUGACCUCCCAGUUGCCAUGGCAAACGAACACGUAAAGAAAACACGAACCCAGUCCGGAGACUCGGGACUGGAGGGACUCAACUUAGAGCACGGCAGGAGCUGGGAAUUCCAAGACGGUGUUGACACGUCGGGGACGGAACUUGAGAUAAAAUGGCAGCAGGAGCUGAGAGAACUGCAGAAGCAACAGCUACUCGCCGAGGUACUGGCACAAAAAGAACAGAUCCUGCAGAAGAAGAGCGUCCUCCCCUCGCCAGUCGAGGUCGAGAGAAAGAAAGAAGAGAUCGCAGCCAAGUACGAGAGAGCUCAGGAGGAGGAGGAGCUCCGUGCGCUGAGGAAAACAACCAUCCUCAACCAGAGGAGGAACUCAGCACAACUCAAGGUGGACGGAAUCACCAAGAGAUUACAGCUACCCAAGAGCAAGUCAAAGGCAAAGGACGAUGUUGAGAAGGAAGCCCUGAACAAACAGUUGAACGAGCUAAAGUUAAGGCAGGCAGAUCUGGCGAGGGAACUUUCCGUGAACGAGACACACAAGGCCGAGAUGCUACACAGUCUUGAGUACAAGAAAGGACUCGAACUCCGAAUUAUGGAACAGGAACUUCGCGUGCGGAGUGACUCUCUUGGAAACCAUUCCCUCAGGAGCAUAGAUGAACAGUCUGACCCUGGCAGCAGCCCAGGGUCUCUCAGAAAACAACAGUCCUUAGACACGCCGAAGAAAACAAGCCCGUUCGGAAAACGCAAACACCGUUCCUUGGACGCAAAACGCCCGCAUAACCGCAUAUUCGACGCCCUCGCCAGUCCUCUGAUGUUGCGAAAGCAAGCCGCUGCGUCAGCGAAACACAGGACCUUAGAUGAACCAAUCACAAACGAGAGAGUUACGAGAGUGGACCAACCAGAGGACAGCUCUGAGGAGGAGACAGCUCAUGUGCUGGACUCGAGUUUGAAAGGAGGGAACGAAGGUUUGCAGAAGCCAAGUCCUCCGAGUCCGUCAAAAUCUCCUAGAAACCUAAGGAAAAAGCACCAGUCAGCUAUAGAAACCAGAGACGUGAGUGAAGCACUCAGUCUCCAAGGCGACGGUGACGUCAGAAGACGCUCAAACACAGACCCGGAAACACGUGACGUCAGAGAGGAAGGCGUGAAGGACGGAAUCAGCGCAAGCGCACUAGCUGAGAUAGAGGCGUUUGAAGAACUCAUCAAGAACUUCUCAUCGGCGACAUAACGUGAAGUUGAAACGUGAAGAUUACGCCGGACCGCUGUGAAAUACACGUACUAAUCGAGGAUA